UUCCAACCCUAAUCAUUCUUUGCAAAGCCCUCUAAACCUACACCAUAGACCUGUUACAUUUGGUUUGGCACAGAAAGUCUCAGAUCGUUGGGUCCAAAGGUUAGAAAUAGUUAACCAAUUGAGUUCAAAUCCUUGGAAGCUGAUAACAUAUUCAAACGAUUGAUAAAGCAAUGGUCUGGCAUUCAAUAUUUGCAGAAAGUUCAAAUUAAUAGAGAAAUGGAUUCCUUCAGUGGACUGACAUCAUUUGCCGAAAAGAGUUUGUUGGGAGAAUUUUCAGCCUCAGUCCUGUUGUGAGCCUCUUUUUUGUUUUGUUUUGUCCAGAGAGGAAAGUGUCAUGGCGGACGUCGAACUAGCGCGAAAACAACUUCUUGUAGCACUGGGAGAAUUUGGAGAAAAGUAUUGGAAUAAUAUGAAACUAUGGUAUAAACAGAAGAUAACAAAAGAUGACUUUGAUAAUCAGGCAUUUCAGCUUCUAGGUCCCGGAAAAAUUCAUCUCCACAAUGAGUUUUUACUGGCCAUACUAGCAAGGUGUCAUGCACUCAUAACAGCACCAGCAGCUUCGUUACCAGCAAAGACAUCACAAAAAGCAGCCUCGAGAUCAGUGCUACUAAGAAAGCCCAAAGUCAAACGGCCUAAUCAACACAUUAAAGUCAGAUUACAGCAUCAGUUUGAGGCUGCUGAUCCAUUGUGUCACACUAGAGUUCCAUUGCAAAAGGAUCCAGUUGAAGAGAAUGAUACAAAAUUAUGCAGCGUGGAAGUUGCGUUACCAGAUGUCGCAACUUUACAUGGGCGUUUGUAUCUUGGUGCAUGGGAACAUGGCCUAAAUUCGGUUGCUGAAGACACAGCCUCUCUGCUUUCACACGCAGUAGAAGCUCAUUUGAAAAAUAUACUAACAGCGUGUAUUGCAAGGCGGAGACCAUACAGGCUGAGGGACGAUCAUUUUUUGUAUUCAUUCGGGACAGAAUGCCCUGCACAACGACAUAACUUCAAGAAAAGAAUUUCAGAUGAUGCAUGUACUGCUGACGAAGCCGAGGCAGCGGCGGUGUUGUCACUUGCGUCAAAUCGAGGUCAUUCCGAUGCUAACCAAUCUCUAUCGACUUUCGACCUUCGAGAUACUCUUCAGGCAAACCGCAGCUUGAUUCCAUCGCACACUGUUCGUGCAAGUAACAUGGAAAGGAUUCUAGCCGAACUUUGGCACCCUGGCCACGAGGAAAUAGAGCAAAAUCAGUUGUACAAGUUGGAAACUAAGCGAUUCAAUGACAUUGUUAAACAGCAAAGAGGCCUUAGAGCUUAGGUAUAAUUUUUAAUUAUAUUUUAAUUGCGUUAUUAAAUUGUUAAAAUUGUAUAAGGUUUUCAUUGGCAAAGCUGCUACUCAUUUUUGCUUUGAGAUUAUGGUGUUGUUAACUUC